AUGGUUUUGCUAGAGCAAGAGGAUCGGUUUACACUUUACACACAGGGAGUGUGUAUCAUUGUGACAGCUGCUUACUCAGGACAGUCAUGCUGUGAAACAGAUACGCUACUGCAGGGGCACUACUUGAAAGAUGGGCAAGAGCUCGUUUCAUCUUUCAAUAUCUUCGAGCUCAAGUUUUUCAACUUCGAGAACUCAAGAAACCGGUAUCUUGGGAUUUUCUACAACAACUUGUAUCUUGGCGAGUUCCAAGACAGGGCUGUCUGGAUUGCUAACCGUAACAACCCUAUUCCGGGAGGCCCUGGAAGCCUCACAGUGGACUCCCUCGGCAGAUUGAAGGUUUUAAGAGGAGCAUCAAGCUUGCUUGUGCUAAGCUCUACGGAAACCACAGGAAACACGACCCUCAAGCUGUUGGAUUCCGGAAAUCUUCAGCUCCAGGAGAUGGAUCCUGGUGGAUCGGUGAGGCGGGUUCUGUGGCAAAGCUUUGAUUAUCCAACGGAUACUCUUCUUCCUGGGAUGAAACUCGGUUUCAAUGUCAAGACCGGGAAGAGAUGGGAGCUGACGUCACGGCUAGGUGAUACUUUACCUGCUUCUGGAUCUUUUGUCUUUGGGAUGGAUGAUAAUACUACAAACAUGUUGACCAUCUUGUGGCGUGGAGACAUGUAUUGGGAAAGUGGGCUCUGGUUCAAGGAUCGGUUUUCAUUGUGGGAAUUCAGCAAGUACGAAUCUGCCUUCUUCACUUUUAAUUCAACCGAGAGUGAACACUACUUUACGUUUUCAGUUGAUCUCCACUAUUCUGAUAUAGUAUUUCCCACGGGAAUAUUUGCAAGCUGGUUGCAUAGUCCCGGAUAG